GUUGGUACUUCAUGUGUUGGAAUAGUGACAAAAUGGCGGGAGCUGGGAGACUUCAUCUUUUGGAUGUAUCUCCACAGCUUAUACUUCAAGACAGGACGAAAAGGUUUUACGACGGCUACAUCACAGUAUGCAAGAAGAGUUUCCGAAUUUCCAUCGAAAUUCCUGAGAACAAUUCAUUGAAAGAUGCCAGGAUUGAAUGUGGAUGGAAACUGCGGCAUUUACUAAGAGGUUGUGAAAGUGUCAUAAAACAGAGGCUAACACAGAGUGUUGAUCUACCAUCUUUCUUGCUGGAACUCAAGAGCAUUCUGGAAAAGCUUCUGGAAUGCCAAAAAUCAGAAAAAGUUGUUUCACAACCACAUGUGUACACACAUUUGGUGACAGAGUUGGAAACUAUUGGAUGGGAGAAAUUGGCAUAUGUGGAUCCAUCAUUUCAAGUGUUAAAAUUUGCAGCUAGAGACAUUAAAGACAGAGAACAUGUUAUAACUAUCCAUCUAUCACCUCAGCAUCCUCUUGUGACACCCACUUGUACCACAGACCUACCAGGACAACGUUUUGCCUUCACUUGGUCAUCCCAGAGUCAUCCUCUUCAACAGUUAUAUCAUCAGUUUCAACAGGUUCUCUCUCAGUUUGAAGAUUUCUGGGACAUGCUUGAUGAAAUAGACAGUAACACUUGGGUCCUUGAACCUGAACAUCCCUCCAGGUCCUGUACUAGCAGAAGGAUUGCUCUUGGUAACAAUGCCUUUAUACACAUAGAUCUGAACCCAGCAAAUCCCAGACUUUUACCAGAAUGCAGAUUCAUGGGUGCCGACAAUGUGAUUGUUCCUCUACGAGAGCAUCUGAAUGCAAACAUUCAUUCCUGGAAUUCACAGUUAUCAGUUUUGACAAAUCUGGAGAGUUUACUGGGACAGAAAUUUCCUUCUCCUUCCACAACAAAGAAAGAGGAUUUCAGCAUGGAGUGUGGUAUUUGUUAUGCCUAUCGCCUUAAUGACCUGAUACCUGAUAAAGCUUGUGAUGAUUCAAGAUGUGGACAGCCUUUUCACAGCUUAUGUCUUUAUGAGUGGUUGAGAGCUUUGCCCUCAAGUCGACAGAGUUUCAACAUGGUGUUUGGCGAGUGUCCUUACUGCAGCAAACCAAUUACAGUUAAAAUGGUUUCAGGAAAAUGAGGCUUAGUACUGGCUGCACUAGCUGAAGUUGAUUGUUUUAUUUGAAUGCAUCAAAACAGAGUGAAACAGACUCUGUUUUUCAUUGUUUUCCAUUUAUUUCAAAAGUAACAUUAGGUAAUUUGUGUAGUAUGGUAUUAAUGAACAUGUCGGGGCUUUAACAGCACUGUACACUGACAAUAUCCAAACUUCCACUGUGAAAGAGUUGUGACACAAUUUCAAGCUGCCAGUCUGAAGAGGUCAUAUUAAUUUGUAAACAGUUGGGGGAAAUCUUGGAUGUUGUGGUCUUAAAUGUUUAUAACCUGAUUCUCAAAAUUUCCAAGGGUCAUCUUUUCAUUGUCCCUACCUCACUUCCCUCCUCUGAGUAGAAGUGAGCAACCUUGCAGAAUGCACUGUCUGAGAAUCAGGCUUUGGGAUUGGCGUACAGGCUAGGGGAACAGGGGGGUGCAGCUCCCUCCCCCCCCCCCCAAAGUGUGUUUGUAUUACCAUUUCAGCGACACUAAUGCUUUCGGGCAUUGUAUAGUUUUUCUGGGCAAGGUCCAAAGGUGCCUGUACACCUAUAGGCCAUGGUCUGUAUGGACAACAGCAAACAGAUAACCCCAGUAAAAUUCACUGUGUGAAAGGAGCUUGUUUUAAUUAUUACUUCUAUCCAUUCCUGUACAGACUUAAUUACUUUAUAUGACACAAUCAUCAGUUUGUCAAAAGGAUGAUAUUUCAAUGAACUAUUACAACUCUGUUUCAGUGAUAAAAAAAAA